UAGAAACCCUAGUAUAAUACGGCACAGUAAUUUUUCUCUGCUCUUCCUUCGGGUAAGGAGAGCGGUGAAGAGAUGACAUCCACUGCGAAGAAGGUGCUGCUAUGGUUUUCCUCCCUCUUCUCUUCCGUUCCAAUUCUCCGCCCAGGGAAGGGAUUCACUUGCAGGGUCUGUUUUCAAGAGCUAAGAGGAGAUGUAUUCAAAACUGAGUGCUCCUGCAAGGGAGACCUGGCAAUCGGCCACAAGAAAUGCAUUCGGAAGUGGUUUGUCUUGAAGGGGAACAACAUUUGUGAUGUCUGCAAAGUGGAGGUGAAAAAUCUUGCCAUCACACCGGGCGUUGCUUCAGACGGGUUUCUCACCAGGAUUUGGAAGUCAUCCCUUCUGUUUUUUGCGAGCACCCUAUCAUACUUUUGCUUUCUGGAGAAUAUUUUGGUGCGUGACACGGGAAUAGCUCGGCCCCUUGUCUUUUCGCUGCCUAUUGCUAUCUGUAUAGCCAUUCUGUUAUGUGUCAUGGCUUCUUCAAGGGGAAACACGAGGUACACAUGGGCUCAUGCUUUGUCCUACGUUUCUGUGGUUGUACCCUUUCUUUAUACAUAUCGUGACGCAAAUGUGAGUCUUCUUUUCACCUACAUCCUGAGUGGGCUGAUGCUCGAGAUUUUGACAUGGAAUUCCAUAUGGCGCCAUCAAGCUCUUUUACGCCGCCUUGAGAGUAUUUGACUAGAUGGUAUCAACUGAUCAAGAGUUCAAGAAAGACCGUGCCUGCCCAUGAAUAUAGUAGUACGUAAUUUGUAGUAACUAACUAAUUUCGCCGUCUUCAUUCUUACUUUUUUUUUGCGAGCGGAAUGAAGAAUCUGUUCAUUCAAUCCAUCCCAUUCACUCCUAGUUACAGUCUGUAAGAGCUUUAAUGUGUAUUGGCUGUACAUUUUGACUCCCUUUUUUGUUAGUGUACCAUUUGGGCAUUGUUUGGAUGCAG